GGUGCUUGUAAGAAUGGAAGCACUGUUUCCUUGACAGAUUCCUCAUUGCUAUAUCUCAUGAACCUACAUAAUCUUGGGGAAAAGUCUAUAUUUAAUGAAGACCAACCUGUCACACAUCUAACGACAGUCUGAAGACAAAAAACAAAAUAAUAAUAAAAAGAAAAACGCAUUUAAAUUUCCAUUCAACAAGGCAGUCCAUUUAGUCGACAAUUUCUGCUGCAUUAUUUUCCAAGAUGAACCAGUACACAACCAUGAGACAGCUGGGGGAAAGCACCUAUGGGAGUGUGCUUAUGGGCAAGAGCAAUGAGUCUGGGGAGCUGGUGGCCAUCAAAGGGAUGAAGAGAAAGUUCUACUCUUGGGAUGAAUGUAUGAAUUUGAGAGAAGUUAAGUCUCUGAAGAAACUUAAUCAUGCCAAUGUGAUUAAACUAAAAGAAGUUAUCAGAGAAAAUGACCAUCUUUAUUUUGUAUUUGAAUAUUUGAAAGAAAACCUGUAUCAAUUAAUGAAAGACAGAAACAAGUUGUUCCCUGAAUCUGUCAUCAGAAAUAUUAUGUAUCAAAUACUGCAAGGGCUGGCUUUUAUUCAUAAACAUGUUCUUUUUCAUAGAGACAUGAAACCAGAAAAUUUGCUUUGUAUGGGUCCAGAACUUGUGAUUGCUGAUUUUGGGCUUGCACGAGAAUUAAGGUCACAGCCACCAUAUACUGAUUAUGUAUCUACUGGAUGGUAUCGUGCUCCUGAAGUUUUACUGAGAUCUUCAGUUUAUAGCUCUCCCAUUGAUGUGUGGGCUGUUGGGAGUAUAAUGGCUGAACUAUAUACAUUGCGACCUUUCCCAGGGAAAAGUGAAUUUGAUGAAAUCUUUAAAAUUUGCCAAGUUUUAGGCACUCCAAAAAAGAGUGACUGGCCGGAGGGGUACCAGCUUGCAUCCUCUAUGAAUUUCCGCUUUCCCCAGUGUGUUCCUAUUAACUUGUUGUUGUUGUUGUUA